CCAAGGAGCUAAGAGCUGUUAAGGUAGCAUCUGAGUAUAUAGGCUGUACAUUGCCCAGAGUCCCUCACUGAGGGAGAUGGUGGUCUAUAAGCAUGAAAUAUAUAAAUAUAUGUAAAGAUACAAAUAAAAGUGGGAUAAAAAUCUAAUAUAGAGGAAAGAAAAAUUAGCUAUUCUAUCAAUACUAGAAUAUUACAGUUUAAAGUUACAAGUAUUAUGAUUAUUUGGCUUUCUCAUUGAUAACAUUGAAAAUGAGGAGAUGAAGGAAGAGCAUACAGUAUAUCAAGAUACUUGUUAUGUAACAAAUGUUUUGGCCAUAAGCUAAAUAACUUGAUAUUGAAAUUUCUUUAGAAACUUAUUGAAAUUUUGAUAGUUUCUUGCCAUUUGUGUAGAAUUAUCUCAGAAAUUAUAAUUAUAAUUUGGAGUAAUUUGAAAUACCAUAGUUUACUUUGCUUAAUCCAUUUAUUUCAAUGAUUGCAGUUGAUCCUGAGCAAGAUAUAGAUCUCACCACCUCUCAAAGUCUUUUUAAUCUCUUGCCAUACAUUUAAUAUUGUAAACUUAGUUAUGUUUCUUGAUUAUUUACUGUCAAAUGCAAACCAAAAUAUUUUGCUCAAUAGGCUACCUGACAGCCCGAUUCUUCUUGCAAAGAAGCUCUUUCAGAGCAGUUUUCAGUCUUAAAAGGUGUGUCAGGGGUGUCACUCUCCUUUCUGAAUAUGCCUUAUUGAAUAAUUAGGCAUUGUUCUAGGACUGUCACUAGGUGGUGUGGAAAUUGAUUACUUGUCAUCACACGACUUUUUGACUCCUAGCUUUCAUACAGACAGCUUUUCUCUUUGACAAUCUAUCCCUAACCUAUUCCUUUAGGUUUCCCAAUGAUGCAUUCAUUGCCAUUAUCACCAAACCUAUCCACUUUGUUGCUGGUUGUCCUUUACUUUUCUUUCCUUCCACUUUCCCAGCAUUAAAGCCUUUUCCAGAGAGUUGGGUCUUCACAUACUCUGUCUGAAAUAGAGUAAUUUAUGGUCAUUUGUGCCUCAAGUGAGAACUUUUGGUUGAAUUGUUCAAUGAUCCAUUUGUUGAUUUUCUUGGCUGUCCACAAUAUUCUCUCCAACAUCAAAGUUGAAAGAAAUCACACUACUCUUUCUAUCCUACUUCUUUAAAGUCUUUAAAGUUACCAAAAUAAAGGACUUAACAUAUGCAGAAUCUGAAUCUGAACAAGCUGCUCCCGCUGGACCUGUGGAAUGUCAGCUUCGGGAGACACCAAGCCACAUGAGACUGAUAAAAACACAGGCCCCACCUGGACAGCUGGACACAGAGGACCACCAACAGGUAAAAGCAGGAUUCAUUGCUGUGCUUCUUCUCUGGAUUAUCUCAAAAGGUAUAACAUUUGCCAAGAUCUCAGAUCUUGAUUCAUCAUUCUAGGGAAUUACAGCAGGGUCAGCACUUGAUGGCCCGAGGAUAGAAGAUCAGAAGAUCACCAAGAGAUUCCCCGGCAGUGAAUUUAAUGGGGAAGCAAAGCCGCAGGGUUCUAAGUUCUAAGGAGCCUUCCCAACUAUAGCAAACCUUCCUGCUGUUCUUUUCCGAAUAAACCACAGAGUAGAUAUGAUUUUCCACCUAGCCUGCAACUUAAUGCAGGCGGCUGAUGCACUCAAAUGACCACCCUCCCUCUUCUACUCCCAAGCCCAGCCCCCUGGGCAUCGGCAAGCGCCGCCAAACGCCUCCCGCCACCCCCGCCCGGAUCCUGCCGGCCUUGGGUGUCGCCUUCAGUUUCCACCCGGGGUUUGCUGGAAGAGCCGCCGCCGCCGCCGCCGCCAACUGGGCAGGGUGGUGCCAAGGCACAUGAUGUUCUUCUCCAUGGGAAAGUUUCUGCACAGUAUUGCCGGCUGAGCUUUUGCCAAGCUCGCUCGCUAUUCUUUCUUUCCCUUUCACCGGGAGCGAGGCGGAGAAGCGCGGCGCCUUCGGUCGGGGCAGCGCUGAGGGAGCUGUUUAAGAGUCCAGUCCGCGUUGUCCCCCUUCGGUGGCUGCACUACGUCCUGUACGUCCUCCGGAGCAUCGGAAAAAGCUUCUUACGGUCAAGUGAGUCAGCCUAACAACAGGCGAGGCGGGGAGGAGCAGAUUCUUCGGCAGGCGGUGGGCGUCGCGCCCGGGGAGUUGAGUCAGAAAAGGGUCUGCGAGCGGAGAGGCGAGCUCGCCUUCGCUUAUUGCAGAGCGCCGGGCGAGCACUUUGUGCGUCCUCGCUCCCUCCCUCUUCUGUGAUUUCUUUCGGUGUCUUCCGCCCCCGACGGCUUUAACGCUGGGAGGACAGACUCUCUCUGCCUAGGAUUACGACUCAGCCUUCCUAACGCCCUCCAGGAGCGUUGGCUCUCCAACUCCCAUUUUCCAUAACUAUGCUGCGCAGAGAAUGUGGGCGUGGCAGUCCAAGGUAGGGAUUCUGCAAAAUCCUGAUGCUGCUCAUUCUGGCACUGUCUUUGGCUCACACCUAUGUUGUGUAUGGGAGCAUUUCCUGCUAUGAUGACUCUGGGAAGCCUGUCGACUGGUUUAUUGUUUACAAGCUGCCCAAGUCCCGUCACAGCUCCCCAGUAGAAGGCAUGCGGUACAUGUAUCAAGAUGGACAUACCCAGGGCUGGGUGCAAGGCAGGAGCUUGAUGAACAGUACUGAGGGAGCUGUGGGCAGAACACUGAAUCAGCUGUAUCUGGAGGCUGCAAGCAGGCAGAGGGAGGAAGAGAUGGCCUAUGUCCUGUACAACGAUGAGCCUCCAAAGGAGAAUUUCUCUGGUUCUAAGGGUCAUACAAAAGGGGUCAUCUUCCUGGACAGAACUCAAGGAUUCUGGCUUGUUCACAGCACACCUUGGUUUCCUUCCAGACUGGAUGAGAAGACGUAUGCAUGGCCCCACACUGCCCUGACUUAUGGACAGAGCUUUCUAUGUGUCACCUACCCCUAUAGCCAGUUCAAAGCCAUAGGGAAUCAGCUGCUCUUCACGGAGCCCCACGUCUAUGAUUACCAGGUGCCAGGGGCCUUUGCCCGGGAUCUGCCUGCCUUGUUGAAUGCUUCUGAGGGGAAACAUGUACAGGAGGAGCCAUGGAACUCCUCGGUGACUCUGACAUCAAAAGGGGGCAAGGAAUUUGUCAGCUUUGCAAAAUUCCGUUUCUUUGAUGAUGAUCUGUACUCUGGCUGGUUGGCCCAGGCUCUUGCUACUGAUCUCUAUGUUGAAUUCUGGCUCAAGUCUCAUGGUGUUUUGGCAUCCAACUGCUCUGGACAAUACAGAGUUUACAAUGUGAAGCAACUGGCAUUCCAGGACCCAGCCACCACCUUCUUUUCCACAUCGGACCAUUCCAAGUGGUGUGUUGGAAUAGAGAGUGAUUCGGAGUGGGCCUGUGUUGGAGACAUGAACCGUAAUCAUGCAGAGGAACACCGUGGGGGUGGUACCAUCUGUUGCCGUGAUGUCACAAUUUGGAAAAGCUUCCACUCCUUGGUACAGAACUAUACGGAUUGUGAUACAACAGGAUACGGACUUUAAUUGGCUAAGCUUGUCUAUAUUAUUAAGGGAGCAGAAUUCAAUUAAUUGGGAAAGAGAUUGAUUCGAAAGCAUAAUAAUGUCCCUACCUAUCUUCUUCACAGUAUAUUAACUCCCUACAUAGCAUAAUGCAGGGAGUUGUGCUGUUGCGUUGGUCUCCUUAUUUUUCAGAAAGUUAAUUUCCAGCAAUGGUUUCUUUGUGUUCUGGACUGCUCCCAUCACUAUCUUUUUCCUGUUACAUAAUAACAAUUCCAAGGGGCUACAUGAGUUAAAUGGAAAAAUACAGAAGGAAAUUCUUUUCCUGUAAUAAAAAUGUAUACAGUGUUUAUUUUGUAUAAGUUUCCAAAAUCUGGGUAUUCCAAGGAAAUAUUUUUAGUGUGCAAAUUCUAUGAGUGUGAGAGAAAUAGGCUGAUCUAAAGAUAAGCCUCCCUGGCCCCUUCUGAGUAAUUGGAAAGCCUUUAACAAGGCUUUGUUAAAUACAGCAUGUCUUAAACCACAGCAACCACAAACCUACUAAGUAACUUCCACAUGUGUAUCAUAAUUCUGUAGAUUUACAGAAUACAUGGUCCAGAAAGUAACUCAAUUUGAAAUGGAGCGACUUCCUCCCCUCUCUUGUUUUUGGCUAAAGCACGAAUAUUGUUCCAUCGCCCAGCAGGUCAUGCAAGAUGAUCGCCCACAAACAUAGAUGUGGAUAAAAGAAGCAGAGACUUUCAGAAUGAGAAUAAAGUACCAGAGACAAAAUGAAUAAAAGCUAAAAUGCUUUAAA